AAUUGGUCUAAAUGGACAGGAGGAGGACCACAACCUGCAAUUGUCCGUCUGCGAAGUCAGAAACGGAGCAUAUUUCAUACAUAAACUAAAUGUGUUGAAGGAUAUCAUUUGAUACAUACUGCAGUUGAUUAAAGUAGAUUUUUGUUGUUUAAUUCAAAUAAUGUUGUGUGCGCAGAACGCCUGAUUUCUUUGUGCGAUAAGAAAAAGGUAGAAUUAUUAAUAAAACCUACACUUUGCUUGUUUAUCAUUCAAGCAGAUAGGAAGAGAACACUCCUGGCUGCGUAUACAAAGGGCUGUUUGAGCACCGUCUCCCACCAAAAUGACGGCCACUGCCUCCCUAUCUUCCCUGACAAACCGUUCCACCAGCCUCAGCCUCAUCUGGGACGGAUUCAACAACAGUUUGUGGGAUGUGCAGCAAGCAGCAAACUGCACGUGCACCCUUCAGGCGAACAUUGCACAACCAGUCUAACCCCCAUCUGAGACCCUGGUUUGAAGUGGAUGAGUGGAAGGAUUGUCACAGUAGGAAUUGUGAAACAUAUGGUGAUAAUUGUGUUAGACUUGUUCAUAAGCUGUUUGUUUUAAUUUCAAGUUUGUCACAUGCAGAAGUACAGUGAAAUGUAUUUAAUAUUAAUUUUUUAUUAUUUAAUAUAAACCCAUCAUUAUCAAUCUAGUACUAAAGAAUAACAUAACGUAGAACAAAAACACAGAUAGUUGUCAUCCUGGAAGGUUCUCCCAUCUCCACAGAGGAGCUCUAGAGCAACCAUCAAGUUCUUGGUCACCUACCUGACCAACGCCCUUCUCCCCCAUUGAGAGAACUGUGCAGUUUGGCCGGGCGGCCAGUUCUAGGAAGUACUUGGUGUUUCCAAACUUCUUCCAUUUAAGAAUGAUGGAGACCACUGUGUUCUUGGGGACCUUCAAUGCUGCAAAAAUUGAUAACAGAUCUGUGCCUCGACAUAAUUCUGUCUCGGAGCUCUACGGACAAUUCCUUCAACCCCAUGGCUUGCUUUUUGCUCUGACAUGCAUUGUCAACUGUGGGACCUUAUAUAGACAGGUGUCCAAUCAACUGAAUUUACCACAGGUGGACUACAAUCAAGUUGUAGAAACAUCUCAAGGAUGAUCAAUGGGAACAGGAUGCACCUGAGUUUAAUUUCAAGUCUCAUAACAAAGAGUCUGAAUACUUAUGUAAAUAAGGUAUUUCUGUUUUUUAUUUUGUAUACAUUUGUAAAAAUGUCAAAAAAAAUUGUCAUUAUGGGGUAUUGUGUGUAGAUUGCUGAGGGAUUUUUAAAAAUUGUAUAUCCAUUUUAGAAUAAGGCUGUAAUUUAACAAAAUGUGGAAAAAGUCAAGGGGUCUGAAUAUUUUCCGAAGGCACCAUAUGUAUAGGGUUAAAGUGACUAGGCAUCAGGAUGUACGAUAAACAGAGUAGCAGCAGCUUAAAUAAAGAUUAUAUGUGGGUGUGUGUCCGUGUGUAGAGUCAGUAUAAAUGUGUGUACACGUUGUGUGUAUUGGAGUGUCAAUGUGCGUGAGUGUGUAGAGUCCUGUGAGUGUGCAUAGACAGUACAAAAAAAUGUAUAAAUACAAGGGUCAACUCAGAUAGUCUUAGUAGCCAUUUUGUUAGCUAUUUACCAGUCUUAUGGCUUGGGGAUAGAAGUGUUUUAGGGGCCUAUUGUCACACCCUGAUCUGUUUCACCUGUCUUUGUGAUUGUCUCCACCCACCUCCAGGUGUCACCUGUUCUCCUCAUUAGUCCCUGGGUACUUAUUCCUGUGUUCCCUGCUUGUCUGUUGCCAGUUUGUCUUGUUUGUCAAGUCAACCUGCGUGUUAUUCCGUUCGCCAGCUUUUUCCUUCGCUCUGUUUUUGCUAGUGCUCCUGGUUGUGACCCUUGCCUGUCUGGACUCUGAACCCACCCAAAUGCAAUAAAACUGUAAUGGAAAUGUCCCUUUUUAGGUAGAAGAAUGUGCCUUACUGGUUGACUUCUUACAGAAAACAACUAUUUGAAUCAUUGACACCUCAUUGACACACAUCUGACUCCAGUACUAUAUUUCAAGUUGUAUGAACAGUAACAAGGAAAAUAAAUACAUUAUUUCCAGCACUGAAUCUUGUACUGUGAAGUCCAUUGUACAAAAGCAAACACAUGAUAUCUGAAGCUUACCCUAAGGAAUAUAAAAGGUAUUGGCGAUGGUCCACUGUCUCUAUGACAGGCUUAUAAACUCAGGUUUUUAAGAAGAGCUGGGAAAAUCAAACAUUCACCUGGGUUAUGUAAACUCUCUAGCCUAUGCCUACCUAUUAAAACGUUAGGCCCUCCCUCUCAAGUAAGGGGACCUCAGUAGAAUGGGCAAGCGUUCUAUAAACUCCAUGCUAUUUCUUCAACUAUUGCAAAUGUGUCUGACUCGAACAGCCUCCUGUUGACACACUUUCCCUGUUUCCAAUAGGACGCUGUCAUUGGAUUUGUUCUAUUAUCAAGACAGGAGUGCCAUCCCUACUCCCGGUACUUCAGACUUAGGCUUGCUGACUGUCAAGGUUGUCCACCGGCACCGCACUGCCACCAACUCGACCGGACCUGAACAUUGGCUUGAUUGUGUGCUCAGGACUCAACGAUGGGGAAGGACGCCGCAAGAGCAGAGUGGGACAAUCCCAUGCAAUUUGUCCUGGCGUGUGUAUCAUACGCGGUUGGACUGGGAAAUGUGUGGCGUUUUCCAUACUUGUGUCAAAUGCAUGGCGGGGGUGGGUUCCUGAUCCCAUACCUGCUUAUGCUGGUCCUGUUAGGGGUACCCCUGUUCUACAUGGAGUUAGCCAUUGGCCAGAAGAUGCGUCUGGGCAGCAUUGGAGCAUGGAGAGCUAUUAGCCCCUAUCUGGGAGGAGUGGGUCUGGCCAGUGUUGUGACCUCCAUGUACCUAUGCCUCUAUUACAAUGUCAUCAAUGCAUGGAGUUUCUGGUACCUCUUUCAUUCAUUCCAGUCGGUCCUGCCAUGGGCAGAGUGCCCGGUUAACAGCAACCUGACUGGCCAUGUGGAGGAGUGUGAGCGGGCCACGCCCACACAGUACUUCUUCUACAGAGAGACCCUGGACAUCUCCGGGUCCAUUGAGGAGAACGGAGGGAUUCACAUGGGACAGGCUCUCUGCCUCCUACUGGCCUGGAUGAUUGUCUACCUGUUCAUCGUCAAGGGGGUCAAGUCCACCGGGAAGGUGGUGUACUUCACAGCCACAUUCCCCUACCUGGUCCUCAUCAUCUACCUCAUCCGUGGGGUCACCCUUCACGGAGCCAUCAACGGUGUGAAGUACAUGUUCACGCCCAAGAUGGAACAGCUGGCUAACCCCACUACGUGGAUCAAUGCGGCCACUCAGAUCUUCUUCUCUCUGGGCCUGGGCUUUGGAUCCCUCAUCGCCUUUGCCAGCUACAACCAGUACAACAACAACUUUGAGAAGCAGGCCAUCGUCGUGUCCAUGGUCAACAGCAGCACCUCCAUCUUCGCCAGUAUCGUCACCUUCUCCAUCUAUGGCUUUAAGGCCACCUUCAACUACGAGAGCUGCCUGGAGAGAGUGCGACUGCUGCUCCUGAACACCUUUGAUCUAGCAGAGGACACCAUCAGUCUGGAGAAUGUCAACCACUGGAUCGCUGAGCUGAACAGGACACACCCAGAACAGUUUGCCAGUCUGGGAGGUAGGCUGGAGACCUGUGACCUAGAGGCUGAACUAGACACGGCUGUUGAGGGUACAGGCCUGGCCUUCAUAGUGUACAGUGAGGCCAUUAAGAACAUGCCCGUGUCUCAGCUGUGGUCUGUGCUCUACUUCAUCAUGCUGCUGCUGCUGGGUAUGGGCAGUAUGCUGGGUAACGUCAUCGCCGUCAUCACCCCCCUCAGUGACUUGAAGUUAAUCAGCCGCUACAUGAGCACCAAAACACUUAAUGGUCUGGUGUGUCUAUUCUGCCUGCUGCUUGGCCUGGGCUUCACCACCCGUUCUGGGAACUACUGGUUCACCAUGUUCAAUGACUAUGGAGCCACCUUCUCUCUGCUCUUCAUCGUCCUCAUUGAAGUUAUCACCGUCUGCUACAUAUAUGGCAUCAGAAGGUUUGAGAAGGAUGUAGAAGACAUGUUAGGUCAUCGUCUUAACUGGUACUGGAAGAUCAUGUUGGCAGGAGUCAGUCCCAUGCUCCUCAUUACACUAUUCAUCUUCUACAUCGUCAACUACAUCCAGGGAGGAACACCCACAUACCAGGCCUGGAACAAAGAACUGGGGAAGUCUGUGGUGACGGAGUAUCCUCCCUACGCCCAAGCCUUCAUCGGCCUCCUCCUAGCCUCCUCUGUCUGCUGUAUCCCUUUGACGGCCCUCUACACCUACUGUAAGAAGAGGAACCUGGCCAGUGGGAAGAGAGAGCGCACUGUCAGCACUGUGUCAGCGUAAAGACCGGCGUAUUGGUUGACAGACGGAGUGACACAAGGCAGAGCUGCUACAUUACGGCUCUGAGACUGACUGGACCCGCUAGUUAUAGGAUCGACUGAUCGACAGCCUACCGUCCGUAUCAUGGUUGUCUUAACAGGACGGUACCUCACCCUCCUGGUGCGGUGGUUCAUGCCACACCACAAACCAAAGGCCCUCUUUCUCCCCCUGGGGCAGACUGGCUCUGUCGCUGUGCUGCUGGUGGACAGACUGGCAGAUCUGUACCUAGCAUUAGCCCUAGUCGUUCUUUGGCAUCUAACACUUACUGGGUGAUAAUAGUGAACUUUUGUAUUUUGUAGUUGUGGUUCUGAGCAGGGCUUAGAACUACAUCCAAAAUAUUUCAGAAGUGAAAAACGAUCAAAUAAUCUUGUCAAUGGUUUAUUGCAUUGUUUAAAGGCCCAGUGCAGUAAAAAAAAAAAACGAUUUCCUGUGUUUUGUACAUAUUUCCAGGCUAUGAGGUUGGAAUAAUACUGUAAAAUUGGGAACAUUAUUAUAAUCCCCUUUUAGUGUAAGAGCUGUUUGGUGGGAUGGAGCGUGGUAAAUUAGUUAAUAGACCAAUAAGAAAGAGAGAUCCAAACCUCUGCGUAUAACAGCUUAGUUUUCUAUUUUCCCCUCCCCACUCAAACCUCUACAAGACAGUCCUAGCAAAAUUCUUGCUUGAGAAAUUGCUCUUUGCUAAGAAGCUAUUUUGGUUUCUUUUUGACCAUUUUAAAUGAAAACAAUCACAGUAAGAUACUUAAUUGUAACCCAUAAAUUAUAUAAUAUUGAGAUAAAAAUGGCUGCAUUGGACCUUUAAUGUUUAGCUUUCAGUAGCAGAUUUUUGAGACAGUGUGUCAACCCUCUUUAUUUAAAGCUCCACAAAAUCUUUAAGAUAUUUUUUCCCUUAAAUGUCAUUAUGGUGAAGUAUUUUGUAUCCCAUUAGUUUACUGUAGAUAUUCUGUAGAUCACUCAAUGAGUUGUGAGAUAUGUUGAGUGCCUGGAUGUACAAGGCAGACCUCCGUCUGACUCGGUUAUGACUGAAUACAGUCUGACUGGUGUCAAAUGACCAAGAACAACUUGUAGCAAUAGCUGUAUGUGAUAUUGUGUUUGCUAACAUACUGAUAAUUUCACAUAUAACGAACAAAUCUCUAUGAACAGGACCAAGACCAUAUCUAUACCUAUGGGCUUUGCUGUCAAUCCACCAUCAGUGACUUCUUACCAGGAUCAUACUCAGUCGGGUGCAAUGUAACAUAAUGUUCAGAUAGAUAUAUAUUCUGUAGAACAGACACCAUUCUCUGUCAUAUAGAAUAGGAAAUCAUGUCAGCUCUAUAGGAAGCAUUUCUUUCUGCAACAUUCCCAGAACGUUUCCCAUAACGCGUGAAAGUUUCUGUGCUCUUCUAAAUAGAAAGUACUGUAGUGUUGCACUGCUGUCAUAGAAUCCAAAUCAACUGGACUUAGGAUACAGCCCAAUGGCUAUGCACCAAUGUGCUGUGCAUAUUCACAAACAAAAAAUACAAUGUAGACCUACUCUUUUUACAGUCAAAUGUAUGGGUUUGCACAGAAACAAUUGCCAAACAUGUUGUAAUACUGUGAGCAUUUUUCAUGUGAACAAUUUGAAACCAUCCAUUUAUAAUAACAGGGGCGCAACUUUCACUGGGGACGGGAGGACAGGUCCCCCCUACAUUCUGAAAUUGCAUUUUUGUCCCCCGCUGGUUUUAUCAUUGGAAUGUGAUUUUUUAAAAUGAGGCAACGGUGUGCUUUAGGACCAUGCAGAGGUCUCCGAGCGGUCAGGUAGGCUGUUUGGACUGUUUAUCCGACUGGAUUAAAAAAACAAAAACAUGUCCCCCCACUUCUAAAAUCAAAGUUGUGCCCCUGUACAGUGAUGGAAACAGUGUGUAAAUAUAUUUGUACUAUGUUUAAUACAGGUUGGUGUUAGUGUGAACCAAGUAUUGGUGUGAACAAUUAUUUGGUACUGCUGUACCACAAUGAUGUGUUCAUGUUUUAUAAGUAGUAUUUUCUAUGGUGAAAUUAUUAAAAACAUGAAGACAUUUGAA